CAGUCAGGUGGUGCUCCAGUUCAUCUCUAACGAAAGUCGCACGUUCCGUACCUUUGUUGCCAACAGAGUAGCGGAGAUUAGAGAAUCGUGUGAACCAUCUGAUUGGAAACAUGUACCAGGAAAGCAGAACCCAGCGGACAUAGCCUCUCGAGGGAUGUCAGCCUCAAUGCUGAAGGAGUGUGACCUCUGGUGGUCGGGACCCGAAUUCCUGACCCAAGACGAACAAGAGUGGCCGAAGACGCGGAUCCCGGGUCUCCAUCCAGAGCAACCUGAACUCAGGAGGACCUCUGUGAAGACGAUAGUCGCCUUCGUCGGUGAUUCGCAGUCCAGGCUCGUGGAUCCUUCGGCCUAUUCGUCGUGGAGCAAGUACCGGCGAGUAGUGGCCUUGUCUCUGCGGUUCGUCAGCAAUCUCAGAUCAGCGAUAACAAAGAAGCCCAAGCAGAGCGGAGUGCUGAACGUCGACGAGCUGAAGAGAGCAGAACUCCUGAUCUUUCGGGAAGACCAGGCAAAGAUGGCGCUCGACUCGCCAACUGACCUGUCUCUCUUUCGUGACGACCAGGGCCUCAUCAGGGCGAAGGGUCGCCUUGGUAGUGCACCACUGGCUGAGAUCUCCCGAGAGCCGAUCGUGUUGCAUCCCUCCAGUGAUGUUACGCGACUGAUCGUCUCAGAUCUUCACGUGAGAUCCAUGCACGCGGGAAUGAGCCACACUCUGAACCAGUUUCGGUACAGGUUCUGGACUCCGAAGGCGAGAUCAACAGUGAAGAGGAUUCUACGGAGCUGUGCUGUGUGCCGCAACAGGCGAGCUCAGCCAGUGUGUCCUGAGAUGGCGGCUCUCCCAAGGGUCAGAGUUGAAAUGGAUAGACCCUUCGCAAACUGCGGUCUGGACUUCCUUGGACCUUUGACAGUCCGAAAGUUCCGGAAAACGGAAAAACGGUAUGUCCUGCUCGUCACAUGCCUCGCUACGCGGGCGAUACAUCUUGAAGUCGCCCAUGGAUUGGACACCGAUUCCUUUCUACUUGCUCUGCGCAGGUUCAUCGGACGGCGAGGGAGGCCGAGGUGUAUCUGCUCUGACAAUGGCACCAACCUGGUGGGCGGAGAGCGAGAGCUGCGAGAGGCGUUGGCUGAAUGGAAUCAGCGGAAGAUCGACGAGUCUCUCAGCCAGAUGGACAUCGUGUGGAAGUUUAAUCCACCGACGGCGAGUCAUAUGGGUGGUGCCUGGGAAAGGCUCGUCGCCUCGGUGAAGAGGGCCCUCCGUGCCGUGUUGGGAAAUCAGACGGUGUCCGACGAUGUCCUGCACACGACUGUCGUCGAGGUGGAGUAUGUCAUAAACUCACGCCCGCUCACCUACGUCUCAGGAGCCAACAGCGAUCCGGAGUCGAUCACUCCAAACCACUUCCUUCUUGCUGGAGAGACGGCGAGCGCGUCAGGACUUCCUCCGGGCGUCUUCGAGGACGGCGACACGACCCGCAAACGUUGGCGGCAUGUGCAGAUGCUCACGAAUCAAGUGUGGAGAAGGUGGUUGCGGGAGUAUCUGCCGACUCUCAGCUCGCGCAAGAAAUGGAACAAGGAGAGACCAAAUCUCGCCGUGGAUGAUGUCGUCCUGGUGAUGACGGAGGACACGCCUAGAGGCUUCUGGCCUCUUGGUGUGGUACAGGAGACCUACCCAAGCGCUGAUGGGACCGUGCGUUCGGUCCUCGUCCGUACACCGACUGGGGUGUACAAGAGACCCAGCCACAAGCUUUGUGUGCUAGAGAGGUCUAGUUCCCAGUAAAGCUGCCGAUGAGUCAUCGUUUUGCACUGAUGAGCACUGCAUUUUGUGUUAUGAUACCCACACGUAUUUAUUUUAUUUGUUUUGUUUUGUUUUGUUACCCCUUCCCAUUGUCAUUGAAUCCGUAGCCGUAUUUAUAACCAUUUCCGACCCUCCUCGUGCCUGUGAUCCUGGAAAGCAGCAGCGAUCGCGGGCCUGGACUGGACGUCGGACUACUGGGCUGCUGUCUCCGACUGGCGAGGCGGCGUCUCGGACAUGGAUCGUCUUCUUCGCCGAGCUGGAGCCGGCGACUCAUCGCUGGACUACGGCGUGCCGUCCUGGUGUACACGACGGCACACACGGACCUACGAGGAUGGUGUACUUCGUGCGCGCUGCUGCCCGAGCGGUCGUGUCGGCUGGCGGCGCGCAGCAUCUUCGGCUCGGCUACUACCGUGCGAUGUGACUGUGCGUGGUGCGCGGAGAAAUGACCAUGCCGCCCGGGGGCGGCGCCUUCGGCCUCAGGCUGCCUCGUGCGGUGGUGAUGCGUUACCGUGACCGGCAUCGGUGAACGGCGUUAGUGCGUGACUUCGGACUGCGCGCACAGUGCGUUUUGUGCUUACCUGGCGGCCAUGCAGUCGCGUGUGCAAGAGCCGACAAUUGCUGUUUGCAGUGCUGUGAGAAGAAUUUGUCUUUCGUUACCUUGCUGUGAGAGCAUUUGGUACUGCAUAUUCGGUCGCUCAAUGUGUGAGUUUUCGGUUCGUCCGAAAACUAGGGGGGAGGAUGUUGCGACCGGUCGCCGUUUGUGAGAAAUCUGGCGGCUCUUUACGUUCGGGAGCCGGCCCGUCAUUUAGUGGCCGCGUUUGCUCGCGUGUCUUUGACGAGUUUGGCGCACGAGACGCAUCCAAAUUGUAGACCACGCAGGCUCAUUCUUGAAUGAACCACUGGUGUCGAGGGCCGUCGGCCGUCCAGCUGAGUGUGAGCCAGCUGAGCCGCGGACCUACGAGUGCGGACUGAGAUUGAGCCAGCCGCUGCCACUGUUUUUGUUCCACCGUCGUGCCCAAACAUAUCUGGUCAGUACAACUGUUAAUUUAAAGAUGCAAAUUAGCAAACUGUUGAUUGCGUGCUAACAUCAAUGAACUUGAACUGUUAAAGUAAUGAUUGUCAGACGUCAACCUUGACUUAAUGUUGAUUGAAGGUUUAUUGCUGUGUUUAUACGGAGUUAACAGCAAUUCUUGACAUAACUAUGGAUGCAGUACGUGAUGUGCCCAUACUGAGUGUAAUUCCCAUCUGUGAUUGUUUGCAGAAAACCGUCCGUCUGUUUGUCUCUCCGACCGACUGUCUGUUGGUAUAUCACUGCCUGCUUGCUGCUCCUUGAAUACCAUUUGUUUCAUGACUUUCCUUUUUUAUUUUAUUUUGGUUUAUUUGACGUCAAGGCAGUAGGGACUCAGGACGCGUCUGAAGAUAUGGGCGAAGGGCGAUUGUGG